CUCAACUGAGGAAUUACCAUGCCAGGUAAAGGGAAACGAGGAAAAGGCCAAGGCAAGUCUCGCGGGAAGAAACAGAAGAAACCGGAAGUGGACAUUCUCAGCCCUGCUGCCAUGCUGAACCUCUACUACAUUGCCCACAACGUGGCCGACUGCCUGCAGCUGCGGGGCUUCCGCUGGCCAGGUGCUCCCAAAGCAAAGAAAGGGAAAAACAAGACUUAAUAGCAUUUCACAGAGAGCAGAACUUGGGGAAGAGGAAUCAGGAUAACACAACUACUGCAAGCAAAAUAGACUUUACUGAAGACAAUUUGAGAUGCAAGCUAAGUGUGCUUUUCUAUGGUAGUUAAGGAUAAAGAAAUGCAUUUUACUUGCCAGCUAAAUUCAGCUAUAGUUAGAAGAGGUCAAGGGGGGAAGAAGUCCGAGUAAUUCCUACCAAGCGUGGUGGAAUUGAUAGGACUUUAAAAAUUAUUAUAAUUCUGGGUCAGAAUAAACUUUGUUCUCAAAAGGCAGUUC